AUGAACACUUUCAAAUCGGACACGUCGCACCUCCAGCUCGUGCUGCUGUUCGAAUCGUUCGGCGGGUUCGCGGGGCGGCGUCUUCAACGCCCGGCAGAGCUGCUCGAUCGCCUGCCGGGGCCGCGGGGCGUUGUGUGUGCGAUUCCCGAUGCGAGCGAGGCGGAGGGCGGCUCGCAGGGGGCGGUCGAGGCGCACUACUGCGGGCCGCGAGGCCUCUUUGCUGCGCAGAGGCGGACACCGCACAUCUUCCUCUCGGUAGAGGCCUCCGUUGUGCCGACGGCUUCUCAGGCCUUUGUGUGCACCUGGCUCUUCUGUGGACGCUUCGCAUAUAUGGGCGACGCCGAAUCACCGGUCAGCCUCGAGGAGGUCCUCCGCGAGACCAGCUUUGAGCCAGCGCCGGUUCGCUCCCGCUGCUCUGCGUGGCAGGCGCUCUGGCUCGCCCCGCUCGCCGGCUGGGCGGUGGCGGUGUGGCAGAUUUCAGACACGGACCGGCCGGUUCCGGCAGCUCCGUUUGCGGUUAUCGCGGUGGGCACCACCGUCACCACCGGCUGGCUCACGGCGCUCAACCACCCGUGCGAGUUCGUCGCCACGCUUGGCUACCGCGGCACGCUCUGCCUGUACGCGGGCGCGCUCAUCACGCUCACGUGCCGUGUGGCGCUCGGGGAGCCCGAUGCGAGCGGCGGCGCUCUGUUUGGCCUCCUGCUGGUGGGUAGCGGCCUGGUCAUGUGGGCGUGCGCCACCUUUGUGCAGGGCCCGAUCCCGUACAUGCGGGGCGCAUCGCUUCUCGUGAUUGGCGUCCAGCUGCGGAUCGGGACGGCGGCGGCGGCGCUGUCGGACGCCGGCGUGGACCGGACGAGCCUCGCCGUGUGCGAGGCGGUCGCCGUCGCCUGCUGGCUGCCCGGAAUCGCCUCUCUCCUCGCAAAGGCGUACGAGGAGAUGCGCCCUCCCUGGCUGUCUGCGCCAAACCACAACUUUGGCGCCUUCCUGAUCUUCGGGCUCGGCCUCGCGUGCGACGCCGCGAUCGGGCUGAGCUACUUUUGCGACGACCCGGUCGACUUGCGCGGCCUCGAUGGGGCGGGUGGUAGUGCGCCAAGCUGCCCAGCCGCCAAGGAGCUAGCCAUUGGUGUGGCCAUGCUCCGAGGCGGCCACGGCAGAUGGCCAUGCGCGCUACGCCCGGUUGGCUCGGUAUAA